AUGGAGGAGAUGGAAGAGAUAGCUCAUGGGCUAGAGCUUAGCAAGGUUAACUUCAUAUGGGUUGUUAGGGUAGGUGAGAGAGGAAUGGUUGUAGAGGGUUGGGCUCCCCAGGUAAAGAUUCUAAGGCAUUCAAGCAUUGGUGGCUUUGUGACUCACUGUGGAUGGAAUUUUGUAUUGGAAAGCAUAGAGUUUGGUGUUCCAAUCAUGGCCAUGCCUAUGCAUCUUGACCAGCCAUUGAAUCCUAGGCUGAUUGAGGAGGUUGGUGUUGGUGUGGAGGUCAAGAGAGAUCAGACUGGUAGGCUUCAUAUAGAAGAGAUAGCAAGAGUUUUGAAAACGACAGUGGUGGAGCAGAAAAAUGGAAUAAGAAUCAAGAGGAAAGCAAGGGAGUUGAGUGAGAAGAUUACAAUGAAGAAAGAGGAAGAGAUAGAUGAGGUGGUGGGGGAGUUGGUUUCACUUUGUGGGAAGAGGAAAUAG